ACGUUAGAAAUUAUUUCCCUGCAACAGAUAAGUGAGAAAGAGAGCCUCCCUGAUGGCGGAAAGUCCAGUUUCAGGGUGAUAAACACAGUGGUGCCCGAGUCGUAUGUGAACUUCACUCUCUACUCCAAGAGGUGCAACUGUUCCCUGGAGUCCUGUGGUAGUGAGGUCCUCACCCAACAUAUUCCCUUCCCAACCGUCUCUGACUCAAUGCAAGUCGACCCCAAGAGCAGUCAUGUUUUACGUGGUGCAGGUACUACUAUUGUGCAGACCAGCAUCAGGGAAGAUAGUUACUCUGUCAAGUUCAGACUGGCGGAAUAUACACUAUUGUUCUGGGGAACACUGACAAUGAAAAGUAUCAGCAGUGUGGUGGAGCUACAUGCAAACUCUGUCAGUCGGUUCCUCCAAACUCCCAAUGUACAACAUCUCAUUACUGCCCCAGUGAGUAUGAAGGCGUUGUGCCAAGCAGCGUGGCUGUGGACGGUGGCCAUUGGUAACCUGUUUGUCAUCAUCAUAGCUGAGGGCAGGAUCUUUGAGAACCAGGCACUGGAAUUCUUCUUCUUUGCCGCCUGCAUCGGAGGUGUGGCCAUCCUAUUUGCAGUGAUGUCGUUCUUCUACAAGUAUGUGGACCUCUCCACCUACAACCAGCUGCAACAGGAGGGGGAGGGAGAUGAAGUCUCCUCAGACGAGACACGGGCCCUCAUUCUCUCUCACGACAAGGAACAAGAGCAGAAACAGAGCAGAGAGAAGAAUGAGAAAGGCAACGAAAGUGAAUUCUGAUUAUGAAUAAUCCUAUUAAGUUAUAAUCUCUGUUUUUGUCUUCACAUUAUUUUUUACCGCACCUGUUAUGGUGAAAAUUCUGACAACGCAAGGCAAGAAUCGUACCGUGCUGUACUACAA